AUGUCAACUACCAUUUCCAAUGCCACUUUCGAAAGCUCUGAGGAGAGUACACAAGGAGAAGGCUCCGUCCACGGAAGCAUUGCUUCAGAAGACCUAGUAACGGAGAAUACCCCCGAAGGAAAAGAACAAGAACAAUUGGAUAUUUUCUCCAUCGGUAUAUCCUUGGAUAUAAACCGCAAGACUGCAUCCGCCGGUCUGCUCAGGAUCCUAGAAACCCCAAACGUUUCGAAUCAAGAGAUCUGCCAAGCUCAAGAAGCCGUGGACCGCACCAAGACCCACUGGAACUCUUUCAUGGCCUCCCAAAAGGCAUUGUCUGACACUUCCACCAAGGAAGUGAUGCGCAACCUGAACAGCAGGAAAAGCUCCAGGGAUGCCCACACAAACAAGCAAAACUCUUUUGUGCCCCCGAACUUACCAAUAUUCCAAUUGCAAGGCGGGCGACUUAGAGAACCCAGCAAGAAGAUCCAUGAUACAAAUGCGAUUACACAACCUCACAGCCGACAAGCACUGGGAACACCUGUUCUGAUUGACCUACGACGAAAUACAGCGACAAUGGUUCCAGAAAACCAAGGACGACAAGAGUAUCACCUGGCAAGAAGCCCGCAACCGCAUGGAGAAAGAAUUCGGCAGUCCAUUUUACAUUUGGAUCGAGCGACAUGA